AGCUUCUUGGUGGCCGUCACCUAUCAGUCUUGAACCGGUAGACGCUGCAGCUUCGUGUCAUCGACAGCAGGCUGAGGCUUGGGCUCUCUUCCUCUCUGGAGCCAGGGGUCCACCGCGAAAAAUAAAAAAAUUGGCGCGCAAGGAGACAAAGACGCGACAGAAGAGAAGCAGCCAGCAGCAGACAUCCGCACUGACCGCCUGCCAGUCUCUCUUUCCUCUGCGCACCCUCACUGGGUCCGUCUGUCAUUCUCUACUCAACACGCAGCGCAGGUGCAUCUUCGAACACCCGCCUUUACCUGACUUUUCAACAACAACCCCUGUCGGCUUGACUUUUUCCCAUACGCCGCGCUUGCAACAUCGACGAUGGACGCGUCGCGCAUCUCUCAGGUCCUGCCGACACUCAAGUGCUCCAAGUGUGGUGCGGCGAUGCGCUUGGAUGCAGUGGGUGACCAUAUCUGCGAGACUCUACCCACAUCUCGCAUGCCAGCGAUUAUCGAAAUGUCGCCAGCACAGCAAAGCAGGCCUCCGGGCAGGCCAGAUACGGCAUCGAGUCGACACUAUCAUGAAGGUCAUGCAUGGCCUUCGCAACUACAGGAACGAUCAAGAGAACAACUGCCAAAGCAUGUCGAGGCCGACGCAGUCCUUGGCCGACUCAAUACGCUCUCGCGACCACUUAAUCAGCAACGAUUUGCCGGUCCUCCAAAAGCGGCACGCGCUGGACCUGUCCAAAUGCGUGAUCCACGCAUGACUGUUAUGCCGCUGCGUGCUCAUCCUCACUACGAGCAUCGCGAGGACGAUGUGCGCUCAGUGGCCUCGCGCGGUUCAAAUCGAUCGCAGGGCAGCCAACGCAGUGGUGGUAGCGCGGGACGGCUGCGUAUUUCUGAACCGUUGGAUGAUGCGCUGGCAAGCAUGGACUCAGGGCCCUUUGGUAUCGCUGGUGUGGCCUCUCGUCUGGACCCUACGGUCUUUGUUGCCCCUGAGUUUGUCAACCAGACGAAGAAGCCAAGUCAACGUGGCCAUCAGGACGAGUGGCGAGAUCAAGGCGCACGCAAUCCCCCUGCAAGACGAUACAUGUCGGCUUCCUCUCAGGACUAUGCGUAUGAGCAACGCCUCCCAUCGCGACCAUCCACAGCUGGAAGCCAACAUUCCGGACAUGGUCUACAGCUCGAUCGCACACAAAUGCACUUUCAAUAUGACCAAGAAGAACGUCCACGUACAGCGACGCGACAAGUUCCUCCUCGACAACCUCAACAGCGAGAUCCUUAUGCGCGGUACGGGCCAGACUCUGUGCCUGCUCCUUCACGAUUACAACUCGCACCCCUGGCGAGCGUUCGUCCACCAGCUUCGCAAGAACAGCGACACAUACGUCAGGAUACCUCUUCUUCCCUUGGUACCGUCAUGACGAGUCGCUCUGGUGUGAGCGUGCGCUCCAGUAUCAGCUCUGCUACGCCAGAAACUGUAAUUGCAGUACUACCGCCCACUGUUGCAGAAGAACAAUAUGUUGCACCAAGUUUGUUGAAGGACAAGGCGGCGCGCACCCAAAAACACAUACAAGCAGCAGCACUUCCACGCAGCGGAACGACUGAGAGUUUUGAUCGUUUACUGGCUGAUAUUGGCGCCUCGAUUGAUGAAUUGCAGCCGCCACGGGAGAUGAAGGAUCCACAGGAUGUCGGCGGCUCACCCUCGAGUCACUACUCUCCUGUUCCUGCUGCAGUCGAUGCUGUGCGAUCUACGCCAAGAGUUGUAUGGUCUGCCCAAGCGCCCGCUUCCAUGCAAGAUGGACAUGACCGUCGAGAAGAGACCAUGCCAGUACCACGCAUGCUGGGAUCACCUGCAAGUUUACGAUCGAAAGAAACAAUGAAGAGUCAAACCUCCUCUGAAGAAUCUUUUCAACAGCAAACGGCACCGAAGCCCACAACUCAACCGACUCCCAAAGCUACCGCAACUUCAGUCGCUUGCCGUGCAUGCAAACAACCCAUCAAGCAAGGCCAGAAGUCAGUCUCCAGUAAAGAUGGCAAGCUCACCGGGAAAUACCACAAAGACUGUUUCCGCUGCACCACUUGCUUCUGUCUCUUUCCAGCAGGUGACUUCUACGUAUUUGAUGAUCGGCCAUAUUGUGGUCAGCACUAUCAUGCUGCAAACGGGUCAUUGUGUGAUGUCUGUGGCACAGGUGUCGAAGGUGCCUGUGUUGCUGAUGGGACCAAACGAUGGCAUGCAACGUGUUUUGAGCGAAAACAGCAAAAGGCGCAUGGUCGACAAGGCACUCAGCAGACGAGUACAUCGAAAACUGCGUUGCCUGCUGGGGUGGCAGUCCUGGCUGGGGGAAGGCAUGGCUCCUAUGAUCAUUUCUGAUGAUGAAGUCCGCAUGGUUUACUUAGUUUCUAGAUGAUAACGCUCUAGAGCUGCUAGCUAGUUUUACAGUCCCUGGUGGACUUUCAAUUGCCCGGUGUCUAUUAGGCAAGGCGUGAAACGUUGCCCAUCUCGGAAUUAGCCGAUGAAGACAUACUCAAUCGCAGGCCA